AUGAAGCCGCGCGGUGGCGGCGGCGAGCAGCCGGCGGUGAGGAAGGGGCCGUGGACGGCGGAGGAGGACGAGGUGCUGCUGCGUCACGUCCGGGAGCACGGCCCCCGGGAUUGGAGCUCCAUUCGAUCCAAAGGCCUCCUGCCGCGCACCGGCAAGUCCUGCCGCCUCCGCUGGGUCAACAAGCUCCGGCCGGACCUCAAGACGGGGUGCAAGUUCUCCGCGGAGGAGGAGCGCGUGGUGAUCGACCUGCAGGCGCAGAUCGGGAACAAAUGGGCCAGGAUCGCGACGUACCUGCCCGGCCGGACGGACAACGACGUCAAGAACUUCUGGAGCACGCGGCAGAAGCGGCUGGCCAGGCUCCUGCGGGCGCCCGUGCCCCGCCGGAGGCCCGGCAAGCAGAGCGGCAGCGCUUCUUCUUCGCAUGCCCAUGAGCUGCCCACUCAGAAGAACUUGUGCUUGGACAUGAUCCCCUUCCAGGGGACGACGACGCCGGCGCACCACACUGGCGAGAGCAGCAGCCACGACCACGACUCGCGCGCGGCGAGCCAGCACCGACCCGGCGACGCGCCGUUCCCCGGAGCGCACGGCCUGCCACCACCUCCCGUCCCGCUACUCACGCACGCCGGAGCCGGGCGCGGCUCCCCGUCCAGCGCCGCUCCGACGGCGCCGGCCCUCCUGCCGCCCUACGACGGGGACUACUACGCCAGGGACGCGGUCGCCGGCGUCGACCCCCUGGUGUGCCCGGAGCCGCUGGCCGUGGUGCCGCCGGGCACGUUCUUCGGCCUGGACGACGACUACGUGCACGCCGGCCGCGUGCUGCACCCGGAGGCGUCCGGAGUGCGGUUCGACGACCUCCCGCCGGAGACGUUCGACUUCUUCGAGCUCCCGCACCUGCCGCCGUAA